CAAUAAACCUAGCCGUUCCAUCACUACCUUCACGAAAAUCUUAGUUUCUGUCUCUCUACCCUCAGGACCCUCAAGAUAAGAAAAAGAGUGUGAGACAGAGAGCAACAAAUCAGAUAGCAAUUAACAAAACCCUAGAUUACAAUGGACCGCUCCUUCAAACACACCCGUGACGACCGUGAUCGUGACCACCACAAACACCGAUCAAGAGACGAUAAGCAUCGAGACUCCUCCGAUUCUCACCACCACCGAUCAGAGAGAGAAUCUCACCAACGCGAGCAUCACAAAUCAUCCAGGCGCGAUGAUACAAAGCGCGAAAGAUCUCACGAACGAGAAGAGAGUGUGGAUAGGCGAGAGAGAUCGCACGAUCACAAAUCGUCUUCCUCAUCGAGGCGUGAGGAGAGAGAGAGGUCGUAUGAUGCGAGAGAGGAGAGAGAAGGGAGUAGAGAGAGAAAACGCGAGAAGAGAGAAAGAGAGACUGUAGAUGAAGAUUAUUCGGAGAGAAAGAAAAGAAAGGAGAGAGGAGGUGGUGAGGAUAGGGCUGUUGCUGAGAAGGAGAAGAGGAGUAGAAGAAGAUUCGGUGAAAAACUGAAAGAAGAGGAUAAUAGGACUGGCAACAAUGAUAAUGGUAAUAGUUUUGAGAAUGUGAAGAGAGUGGAUUCGAGUGAGGCUGGAGUGAAGGAGGAAGUCAAUGAUGAGCCAAUUGGCGGCGGCAGGGGCAGCGCCACAGAAAACGGUGGUGUUUCGACUACAGAUGGUGCUUCUCUGGAAUCAUUAACUAAGACUCCAGGCAAUCAGCCUGAGACCUCUGUGGCAGCUGUUCACCCCCUCCCAACCAAGGUAUCUUCAAUUUCAAACACAAAUGAAAAUAAGGGAGUUAGUAUUGCCAGAUCUCAUGAGGUUCCUGGAAAAUCUAGUACAGAUGGGACAUCUUCAGCUGCUGGGAAAAGUGGAAACCUAUCACUUGAUGCAUUAGCAAAAGCUAAGAAAGCCUUGCAAAUGCAGAAGGAACUGUCAGAGAAGCUGAAGAAGCUACCCCUGUCGAGCAAGGGUAAUAACACAAGUUCAGGUGGUAGCUCACAAAGGGUGUUGCCGUCAGCAACCACCACUACUGCUGUUUCGACUGGGGCAGUUUGUAGUUCAUACUCCUUAUCUACAAGCACUAUGGUGUCUAUAAAGACACCUUCAACUGGUGUGGCACCUCUGCCUGAUAUUACUAGCAUGCCCAAUUAUGAAGCUGUUAAGCGUGCCCAGGAACUUGCUGCUAAAAUGGGAUUUCGCCAGGACCCCGAGUUUGCUCCUCUUAUAAACUUGUUCCCUGGCCAGUUGCCAGCAGAAGUCUCUGUGCCACAGAAGCCUACUAAGACCCCUGUUCUUCGUGUGGAUGCACUUGGUAGGGAAAUAGAUGAACAUGGAAAUGUGGUGAAUGUUACUAAACCAAGCAACCUUAGCACCUUAAAGGUCAACAUCAACAAGCAGAAAAAGGAAGCAUUCCAGAUUCUUAAACCUGAAUUAGAUGUGGAUCCUGAAUCGAACCCUUAUUAUGAUGUGAAAAUGGGAAUUAAUAAGAAUAAGUUCUUGAGACCCAAACGAAUGACCUUCCAGUUUGUAGAGGAAGGCAAGUGGUUAAAAGAAGCUGAAAUAAUGAAACUGAGGAAUCAAUUUGGAGAAGAAAGAGAAAAGGAUAUGAAGGCAAGGCAAGCAUUACAUGCAAAGGCAAAGGCAGCUCCGGAUAUAAAUCCUAAUUUGAUAGAGGUAUCAGAGCGAUUUACAACCAAAGCAAAGCCUAAGGAUCCGAUUCCCGAUGUAGAGUGGUGGGAUGCACCUUUACUGACUGAUGGGACUUAUGGUGAAAAUGAUGUUCUUAUCACUGAGCAUAGAUUGAAAAGGGAUAAAAUUACUAUCUAUGUGCAACACCCACGUCCUAUUGAUCCACCGGCUGAGCCAGCUCCUCCACCACCUCAACCUUUGAAACUAACGAAGAAGGAGCAGAAGAAGCUCAGAACACAGCGUCGACUUGCUCGGGAAAAGGAUAGACAGGAGAUGAUUAGACAAGGCUUGAUUGAACCUCCAAAACCAAAGGUUAAGAUGAGCAAUUUAAUGAAAGUUCUUGGCUCAGAAGCAACACAAGAUCCCACCAGACUUGAAAAGCAAAUUCGUACUGCAGCUGCUGAACGUGAACAAGCUCAUAUUGAUCGAAAUACUGCACGUAAGCUCACUCCUGCCGAGCGCCGUGAAAAGAAGGAGAGAAAGCUCUUUGAUGAUCCAAACACCAUGGAAACUAUUGUUUCUGUUUACAGAAUCAACAACCUCUCAGACAAGAAAACUCGCUUCAAAGUUGAUGUCAAUGCUCACGAGAACCGCUUGACUGGGUGCACGGUGAUUACAGAGGGAAUUUGUGUGGUGGUGGUUGAAGGGGGAAGCAAAUCCAUCAAAAGGUAUGGGAAGCUAAUGCUUAGGCGUAUAAACUGGGCUGAAGCUGUUAACAAGGAUGAAGGAGAUGACAAUGAGGAGAAACCUGUGAACAAAUGCAUGCUGGUGUGGCAAGGUAGUGUUGCCAAACCUAGCUUCCACAGGUUUUCUUUACAUGACUGUGUGACUGAAGCUGCAGCCCGAAAAUAUUUUGCUGAUGCUGGUGUUGCCCACUAUUGGGAUCUUGCUGUCAAUUUCUCUGAUGAUCAAAUGUGAGAGGCUGCUUUGAUGAAAGCAUCACCAGCGCAGCUUGCUGGGUUCAAAGCUACUGUGAUUAAUUAGAGGGAGGAAAUGGCUGCUUAAGGUCACGACCUCGACCUGAAAAAAUGCUGCACUUAGUGAAUCCAAUUGAUAAAAGGCCAAGUCCUAUUUGUUGACAUAGCUCUUCACAGUUCAUGACACCAUGUGGACAGGUUGCCCUUUGCUUCGAUAAGGCGGGUAACAAAACAACCUGCUGGCUGCCGUCCUCCUUAAUGAAAGAUGACAUAAGAGUUACAUUAUGACAACAGUCGAGAAACGAGUCCUAUGCCCUCACGCACGCCGACUGUUUAUGCCCAUGUUUUAUUUUGACCAGGGAGAUUUUUCACAGCUUUAAUAGCAGGUGCGGGAUAGCUUGCAAUUUGGUGAAUGACGCUGGCCUAUCUACCUUAAACUACCAAGAGUCAUAUGUACCAAAAUGUCAUGCUGCUUUCUGAAUUUCAUGUUGACACUGUUUUCUGUUCCGAUUUAUGAGACCGUGUAGGGGCAGUAGUAUAGGCAUGGUGGUGGGCACUUCAUGGCUAACAAAACAACUCUUCUGUAAGAAUUGUUUAUCAUUUAAUUUGACUUGAGGAAAUUGUCCAUUGUACUUGCGAUAGACCAUGAUCAUAUGUGGGUUGUGUGUGCAUAUAUGCGUUCAUACCACAUCUUUCCAUUUUGUUUCGCAUUUGGUUUCCUUUUUCUUAAAUUGGUUGAACUAAAUAACUUUUUAAAUAUUCUUCAAGUUCCAUUCGUUGAAUUAAA